AUGCCACCAUCAUUAUAUAAUAAGUACGAAGUUAGUAGAUCAGAAGAAUAUCUUGGAAAGGGUGCUCAUGGAAUAGUUAUGAAAGGACUAGAUCUCUUAAACAACAAAGACGUCGCUUGUAAAUUUAUGUUUCGAGAAAGUAUGGAAAGUAUGCCACAAGAAUUUUAUAAUCGUAUAUCUGAAGAAGCAACCAUUAUUAGUAAAAUAAAACACCCAAAUAUUGUGGAAUUUCUUGAUUCCUGGAAAGGUCCUGAACAUACAAUCGUUAUUUUAGAAUUUCUGAAAGGUGGAAGUUUAUUGGCUUUUAUUAAUAAUGAACGAGAGAUAAAAUUCGAUGUUUGGGUUGGCUUGGCGUAUCAAAUCUGCGAUGCUAUUCAAUUUAUGCAUGAUAGUGGUUAUAUGCAUCGAGAUAUUAAAGCUGCAAAUAUUAUGUUUGAGGAUAAAUCUUAUAAAUUGGUCAAACUUAUUGAUUUUGGUUUAACAAAAGCAUUU